CGGGGGCCGUCCGCGGCCCGCCCGGCCCCUCCGCCGUCGGCCGCUGUCCCGGCCGCGCCAGGGCUCGACGCCGCCCGCCGUUGCUUCCGCUCUGACAGCCUUCAGACCCGCGUGCCGGGCCCUUCCCACUCUCCGGCCCCCGCCCCCCGCCGCCGUCCAGUAACCCCCGGUCUGACCGACACUAAGUCCGCCUCUGCGCGAUUAAUUCUCUCUAGUGCUUGCGCACACUUAGAGGCACGCCGAGGACGCCUUGCCGUGUUAGUGUGUAAAUAUUUCCUUAUUGCUACAGCGCGAUUCGGAAUAUUGAAAUCACGGAAGCAUUUGAAUAUUUCUAAGCGAUUUUUUAGUGGCAUUCCUUUAUCAUUGGCUAAUUACGAAGUUUUUUUCGAGUCUCGAAAUAGAGGCAUAUGAGCAACAAUAUAGUAAAAAUUGCUUAAAUGCUUAUUACAGUGGAGGUUGAACGUGUGUAUUUGUUUUGUUUCUAUAAUCCUAGGAUUAUAGAACCAAGGAUUCUAAAGCCGGAAGACAGUUCAGGAAUAUGUGCCAACCCUUUCAGUUUACAGGUUUAAAAAAAAAAAAAAAAAAAAAGCAAGCCAUCUGGAAGUUCUCUUGGAAGUAGAGCCUACGUUUUCUGACUGUCUCGAUACUAUUAUGUGACAGAUGUAACAUGACUGAAUCGCUCACUGAAAUAAAGUACAUACUAUUUCUGUUAAAUGAUUCUCAGAUCCAAGUCGGUUUUUGUUGUUUUGUUUGUGUGUUUAUUUUUAAUUUGGUGCAGUAUCAGGACGGGAAAAUUAGAACUAACCUUUGAGUGCCUACUAUACCUGGCAUGUGCUAGGAACUUUGAUAUCCCUAAUCUUAUAUAAUCUUUUCCAUACCCUGUAAGGUAAGUAAUAUCCCCAUUAAAAAUAAGGACGAUGAGUCAAUGAGAAUGAAUAAUCGCCAUUUGACCUCAAAGGCAGGAGAUUCCAACCUAGGUAUAUUGGAUUUCAAAGGCUAUUUUUUCUGUGAUAAACUAACAUGAAUUAGAGGACUCUGCUUUCUAAAUGUCUAAUAUUUCCACCAUUUGUGCUUUAUAGAAAAAGAGCCUGGAUAGAUGGUUUUAUGCAGAAAAAAAUACUUUGUUUUUGAGCUCUGCCACUUGAAGCUGUAGAGCUGUCAAAUUUCCUCUGCCGUACUGAUUCUUAGUGUUAUAAACGUUAAGUGAAAAAAUCUCAUUUAAAAUAGUAAUCUGCUCUAUCUUGGAUCUGAUGACAGUGUGCAUUUCUUUUGGGCCUACAAAUGAAAUGUCUGAAUAUUUUUAUCUCAUUUUAAUCUCGAAAAUCAUGUGAUUGUAAGAUUGCAGGUGUUGAGGCGGCAGUCAGUGAACAGACUAUGUAUUGGUCCAAUGAGUAGAGUGCUGUAAGAUCUGCUCUGAAAAGCGCCGCACAGCUUUACCUAGAUCUGCUACAGGCAUACCUUGGAAAUUGCAGGUUUGGCUCCAGACCACCACGAUAAAGGAGGUCAUGUGAAUUUUUUGGUUUCCCAGUGCAUAUAAAAGUUCCAUUUACAUUAUACUGUAGUUUAUUAAGUGUGCAAUGGCAUGAUGUCUAAAAUAUGUACAUACCCUAAUUUAAAAAUUCUUUAUUGCUAAAAAAAAAAUGCUAACCAUCAUCUGAGCUUUCAGCAGGUCAUAAUCUUUUUGCUGGUGGAGGGUCUUGCCUUGAUGUUGCUGGUUGCUGACUGAUCAGGGUGGUGGUUGCUGAAGGCUGAGUGGCUGUGGCAACUUCUUCAAGUAAGACAGUGAUGAAGUUUGCAUCAUCGAUUGACUCUUGCUUUCACUAAUGAUUUCUUUGUAGCAUAUGAUGCUGUUUGAUAGCAUUUUACCAACAGUAGAACUUCUUUCAAAACUGGAGUCAAUACUCAAACUGUGCUGCUGCCUUAUUAAGAGUAGAAAGUAUCAUAUUCUAAAUCUUUUGUUGUCAUUUCCACCAUCUUCACAGUCUCUUCACCAGGAGUGGAGUCCAUCUCAAGAAACCACUUUCUUUGUUCAUGCGUAAGAAACAACUCCUCGUCCGAUCAAGUUUUAUCCUGAGAUUGCAGCAACACAGUCAUCUCUUUUGGCUCCACUUCUAAUUCUAAUUCUCUGUUUAUUUCUACCACAUCGGCAGUUCCUUCCUCCACUGAAGUCUUGAACCUUCAGUUUGUAAAAAACGCAAUAUCUGUGAAGCGUAGUAAAGUGAGUUCAAUAAAACAAGGAAUGCCUGUACUUUUUAAAUUCCAGGGAUUAUCAGCAGCUAAAAUAUGUCUAAGGCAUGAGUGGAAGGAAAGAAAAUGGGAGGCAAAAAAGAAGACACAGGAUAUCAUGAGAAAAAGUAGAAUCCUUCCGUUUUAUUCAGAUCCUUCUGAACAGAAGAUAGCUAAAAGGCCUUGGAAUCUGGAGUCUAUUGAAGACAAUGAAGUAUACUUGCCUAAUGAUGAAAUUUGGACCUAUGAGAUUGAUAGUGGGUUGUGGACCAUGCACCUCAUGGAAGGAGAACUCCCUACCUCCAUGUCAGGAAGUUGUGGUGCUUGCAUUAAUGGAAAGCUGUACGUUUUUGGAGGAUAUGAUGACAAAGGAUACAGCAAUCGACUUUAUUUUGUUAAUUUGCGAACAAGAGAUGGAACGUACAUUUGGGAAAAAAUCACCAGUUUUGAAGGACAACCACCCACACCACGUGAUAAACUCUCUUGCUGGGUAUAUAAAGACAGAUUAAUAUAUUUUGGUGGCUAUGGGUGUAGGAGACACAAUGAACUCCAAGACUGUUUUGAUGUUCAUGAUGCAUCUUGGGAAGAACAGAUAUUCUGGGGAUGGCAUAAUGAUGUUCAUGUAUUUGAUACAAAGACACAGAAUUGGUUUCAACCAGAAAUUAAAGGUGGAGCUCCACCACAGCCGCGAGCCGCGCACACGUGUGCAGUUCUUGGAAAUAAGGGCUAUAUCUUUGGCGGACGUGUUUUGCAAACUAGGAUGAAUGAUCUGCACUGUCUGAACUUAGAUGCCUGGACUUGGUCUGGAAGGAUUCCUGUUAACGGAGAAAACCCCAAACAUCGGUCGUGGCAUACUUUAACACCAAUAGCUGAUGAUAAACUUUUUCUGUUUGGUGGACUAAGUGCAGACAAUAUUCCAUUAAGUGAUGGUUGGAUUUAUAAUGUCAUAACAAAUGGUUGGAAACAACUUACGCACUUACCUAAAACAAGGCCCAGGUUAUGGCAUACAGCCUGUUUGGGGAAAGAAAAUGAAAUAAUGGUAUUUGGUGGGAGCAAAGAUGAUUUACUUUCCUUGGAUACAGGCCACUGUAAUGAUUUAUUGAUCUUUCAAACACAGCCUUAUUCACUACUCAGGUCAUGCCUUGACUGCAUUGGCAAAAAUGCUAUAAUUUUAGAAAAUCAGAUAUCUUUAUUACCUCCUAAACUUCUGCAACAAGUACUCAAAAAAAUAACAUUUUGGACUGCAGCUAAUCACCGAGAAGAACAAAGAGCCCAAAAAGAAGAAAGAGAAAAUAAGUAUCAGUGGAUCACUAGCAAUUAAAUUGUUACAUACCCUAUAUAUUUAAUAUGUGUAAACAUUUUAAUCAGACUGUAUAUUUACCCCCCCCCCAAAUUGGAGGCUUUAUUUAGAAGAUAAAAUUCGAAAGAAAAAUGCUAUGUUAAAGUGAUUUUAUGUCUUGGAAUAUAUGGGAAUAAGAUGUUAAUGGAAGAUUAAUUUAUAUUUAUAUUUGUAAACUAAUUUCCUAAUAAGCUGCAGGAAGAAAUAUACUUUCUGAAAG